AUGUAUGGCAUCCAACAACCUGUUUCACCAUUGUCAAUGCUCCAGAACAACAUGAAUUUACAGGGAAUGUAUCCAGGCAUGCACAAUAUCUCCCUUGCUCAAAUGAAUGGAAUGUACGCUCAGCAACAGCAACAACAGCAACAACAACAGCAACAACAAGCUGCUCAACCAGUUUCACCCCAAGUUGUAUCCUACUGCGCACCACCUUCAGCAAAUGUCAACCAACAGAAUGGACAACAAGGUGGCGUUGUUGGAAACCAACAGGCUUCAUAUUUGGAAUGGAAGACCCAACAGGUCGUCCUUUGGCUCACAGCAAUUGGCAUGCCAGAUUCAGUGUGUCAAGCAUUCGCCACCCAAGAGAUCAAUGGAAAGACUUUGGACCACAUCGAUCCAGCAGACUAUGCUGAACUUGGCUUGACUACAGUUGGAAGAAGGAGGAUGUUUGAAGCUGAGCGCAGCCAACUGGCCAGUCAAAAGAUUGAACAACUUAACCAGGCUGUCUCUGACUUUAAUCUCAGCAUUGAUAAAUAG